UGCAACUCUGCAACCAGCUCCUGUCUGCCACUUUUUUGGGGAUUUUUUUUUAUUAUUUCUGCAGAGCCGACGCGCUGUCAACGCGCACCGAGAGGGGGAGGGAAGGGACGGAAGGGAGGGGACAGGGACGGUCCUGUCACAGCCCAACGUGGAGCCCGAGCAGCGGCGUGCCAGGGCACCGAGUGGGCCAAAGAUCCCCUUCUCUCCUCUGCAGACAUACAUGUGCCAGACUCCCAAUGCUCUCCUAAUCUCCAGGACCUGUCUGGAUCCGAAGCUGACUGCCAUCAAGAUGGAGAGCGAAAAGAAGAGGAGAAAAUACUCCACGAGCAGCAACGACUCCGACACCACCGACAGUCAGGUGACGUUGUGGUCCAGGUCAUCCAAGAAUACGGGCACCAACAGCACAUGGGUCCGCCACCAGCACAAGAAACCGUCAGAGGUAUUUCGUACCGACUUCAUCACGGCCAUGAAGCUCCCGGACUCGGCCCAGCUCGGCCCGGACGACUUCUACGUGCUCUCUGACCCUUGGAGACAAGAGUGGGAGAAAGGAGUGCAGGUCCCAGCCAGCCUGGAGGCCAUACCAGAGCCUGUGGUCAGGCUGCUGUCGGCAGGCGGUCUUUCUAACGACGAGCAGGAGAUGGAGGACGCCGCCCAGACUCCUCCCACUCAGCGCUACAGCUGCUACGACCUGGACGACCUGGACGUCGCCUGGCUGGAGCUGGUCAACCACGAGUUCAGACAGAUGGCGCUGCCAGAGCUGGACGAGCUGACGAUGGAGUGUGUGCUGGUGGAGCUGGAGAGCGUGUGUGAGGAGAAGAUGCGGCAGGCCAUCGAGACAGAGGAAGGCCUGGGCAUCGAGUACGACGAGGACGUGGUGUGCGACGUCUGCCGCUCGCCGGAGGGAGAGGACGGCAACGAGAUGGUCUUCUGUGACAAGUGCAACGUCUGCGUCCAUCAGGCUUGUUAUGGCAUCCUGAAGGUUCCCCAGGGGAACUGGCUGUGUCGGACCUGCGCUCUGGGCGUCCAGCCCAAAUGUCUGCUCUGCCCCAAGAGAGGGGGGGCCCUCAAGCCCACCCGCAGUGGAACCAAGUGGGUCCACGUCAGCUGUGCCUUAUGGAUCCCUGAGGUGAGUAUAGGCUGUCCAGAGAAGAUGGAGCCCAUUACCAAGGUGUCCCACAUCCCCGCCAGCCGCUGGGCUCUGUCCUGCAGCCUGUGUCGAGAACACACGGGAACCUGCAUACAGUGCUCCAUGCCCUCCUGUAUCGUGGCCUUCCAUGUGACGUGCGCCUUCGACCACGGCCUGGAGAUGAGGACCAUCCUGGCAGAGAACGACGAGGUGCGCUUCAAGUCCUUCUGCCUGGAGCACAGCUGCAGCGCCGGCAACAGCAGCAUGACGGCCACCAACGUCUCCAGUUCCACCAGCGUGAACAACGGCAACCACACCACCACUUCCACCACCAAGAACGCACACGCCAUGGCCAGACCGGACUGGGGGGCCACCAUCGGUACCGGUGUCGGCCCUGAGCUCCGGCUGGACCAUCAGCACCAACCAAACGUCAGCAGCGCCGCGGAGCCGAGGCCGGUUUUGUACCCGAUCCCGGUGUCGGCGUCAGAGCGAGCGGAGCGGGAACAGCUGGAGAGGGAGAAGGUGAGCCAGAGGAAACAGAAGCUCCAGGAGCUGGAGGACGAGUUCUACCAACUGGUGGACCCGAUGGAGGUGGCCGAAAACCUGGCGCUGCCCGUCCCACAGGUGGACUUCUUAUAUCAGUUCUGGAAGAUGAAGAGGAAGGCCAACUUUAAUCGACCUCUGGUGACCUUAAAGAGGGACGAGGUGGACAACCUGGCCCAGCAGGAGCAGGACGUCCUCUACAGACGCCUCAAGCUCUUCACACACCUCCGACAAGACCUGGAGAGGGUGCGUAACCUGUGCUACAUGGUGACACGGAGGGAGAAAAUGAAACACACCAUGUGCGACCUCCAGGAGAAGAUCUUCCACCUGCAGAUACAACUACUGGAAGAGGACAUAGCUGGAGAAAAAAGCCAGAAGGGAGAAAAGAGCAAGCAGAAUGCAGGGAAGGACAAAGGGAAGGAGAGGAGGAAGAGUAGUCCUGAGAAGAAAAAGGACAGAUUGAAGCCAGAGAAUGGCUCCCUGCUAAAAGAGCUAGGUUUGUCAAAGUCUUUCCCGUUGGACAACUCUUUGUUCGACAGCUGGCUGGCCCAGACGGUUCAGAUCACGGCCGACGACAUGCUGAGCCAGUGGGCUCUGGGCGCCCAGCAUCGGGACAAGAGCGGCAGCCUGCUCUCCGACCAGCUCCUGCAAGGAGAGGAGAGCCUGCUGAACCUAAGGAUGGAGAAGUCCAUGCAGUCCACCUGGAAAACGCCUCAGCUUGGCCGCAAACCGCGAGGAAGCAACAAGCUGCGCGCUCGCGGACAACCGCAACCCACCGCCCCCGCCUUGCCCCAGACGCCCGUGAUGGCGGCGACCGCCUCCGCCUCCAGCAGCCCCUCCGCCGCGACGCAGCGGGAAAGCGUGCCGGAGGAAAAGCCCGGCCCUGUGGGCCGCAAAGUGGAAAGGUCCAGGGGCUCCUCCAAGGCCUUUCACCACCAUUACCUUCAUCACCACCAGACAAGGAGCUCUGACCUGAACAAGGACCCGCCGCCGCAGCCGCCCAUCUCCAAAAUGGAUUCCUGUCACAUCUCGGAGGACCGCGGCCCGUGGGACAGCGUCUACACGGGGAACGGCGUCCACUCUGGUUUCACCGCAAGCUCAUCUCCGCGUCCGGCCUCUAGCCCCGGGUCCACGUUGCCCGAUAAUGGGGCGAUCGUUCGUGGCAGGGUGCCGCGGCUCCGUCUAACCCGCCAGGGUCGAGCCAGAGGCCGGGGCGUCAGUGUGGGCCUCGCGGGGCUGGAGUCCGCGGGCCUGACGGUCACGGGGAAGGACACGUGCCUGCUGAACGCCACCGAGACCGACGGGUACUUCUCCGACGGCGAGCAGAGUGAGACGGACACACGCUCUGCCGCACGCAAACUCCGCUUGCCGCAGUUGCAUUCUGGGAACGAGGACCUGCUGAGAAGGAGCGUGCUGGCCUCAUAA